AUGAGGACCCCAAGUGUGAUCCGCUCCUCCUGGAGGCCCCCAAGCAGAGGAAGAAGCGCUCCCGGGCCGCCUUCUCGCACGCUCAGGUCUUUGAGUUGGAGAGACGCUUUAACCACCAGCGCUACCUGUCGGGACCAGAACGGGCCGACUUGGCCGCCUCCCUGA